GUCAAGCUGUCAUUAGCAGUGACGUUUGGAAAUUGUUAAAAUGACGUGGAGAUGAGGUUAUGAAUUUGUUGAAAAAUAGCUGUUUUACAUAAAUAAAGUGUUAAAACAAUUAAUUUAAUUGAUAAGUAGCCAAAAAGCACAAAAAUGAUCGAGAUCACAGAUACACAGAAGAUCGGCGUGGGUCUUGCCGGCUUCGGCAUGACCUUCCUCUUCCUGGGCGUUCUCCUACUAUUCGAUAAGGGAUUACUCGCUAUAGGAAAUAUCCUCUUCAUCAGCGGCCUGGCGUGCGUGAUAGGUCUGCAGCGGACAUUUUUCUUCUUCUUCCAACGGCAUAAAAUCAAGGCGUCCGUCGCGUUCUUCGGAGGCAUCACCAUCGUGCUGAUGGGAUGGCCAAUGAUCGGCAUGAUUGCUGAGAUCUACGGUUUCUUGCUGUUGUUCAGAGGAUUCCUGCCUGCAGCUGUGAACUUCCUAAGGAUGGUACCAGUCCUAGGGUCCCUGCUUAACCUACCGAUUAUAAGAGGGGUCGUAGACAGAAUAGCAGGUGACAACAUAGUUAGCGUAACAGUGGUAUGUGUUGAAUUACGUAUAUACGGCUAA